AGCAUGUUCAUUCCGCAAAACGGAACAUGCCACGAAACAUCCGGGUAGCGGGUAGUAUGUUGUUGGCAAUAAUCUGUGAGUGUAUGUGACAGCGUAGCGAAGUGGAUGUUCGAUGUCAACAAGUGUGUUUCAUUUACAGUUAAUUCGCAAUUAAAACGGGUGUAUUUCCAAAGUUUGUAUAAUGUCCGGGCAGUGGGAAGUAGUUGGCAAAAACAAACAGAAACAAAGUGGGCAAACUUUGAAAAGAUUGUCUAAAAGUGAAAGAAAGAAGUUUGUUGAAAAUGCACCGAAAGUGGAAGAUAUAUGUAAGUUGUUACGUCUCUCUUCGACUAAAGCGUAACGUUAAGGAAUACAUGCCAUUAGCCGAAGUCAAAACCCUAUAUACCACACUGGAUAAUGACAAAGAAAAUCAUAAACCCUCAGGUAAAGAAACUAACCUUAGAGAAAAUGAGGCGAAGAAAGCACAAAAGAAACAGCCGGUGAAAAAAAAGGAAGUAAAAGAAAAACCACCAACUCCAAAGUCAUUGGAAAUGGCAGUAAGAUUGAUUGAUGUGGAUGAACUAGCAAAUGAACUGGAGAUUGGCCAGGCUCGUUUCCAGGAUGCACCACUGAUGUGGCUGAAAGGAUUGGCUGAAUAUCUGAAUGUUAAACUAGAGCACAGUAAUCCUGUGCUUAAUCCCAAAGCUAUUGACUAUCCGCUGUGUGUGCUGUCUGGUGAGAUUCGGGAUGUCCUCAGACGAGCAUUCAAGGAUGCCGGGGAAGCAGCUGUCCAGCACUUUUUCCAUAUAUGUCUUACUGCCAUGGCUGAUGACAUGAUCAGAGGUAGUUCAUUGAUAUAUGGAUAUAAAAUAAUGCUGCAACUAUUAGCGUACCAGAAUCCAAGCAUUACAGUCUCAAACAUUCAAAAAGUGACAGCACUUCGCAAUUCUUACCAAAACCGUCAGCCAAUUGGACUUGCAAUCUUGUGGGCAUUGGGUCAAGGAGGAACGAAAGAUAUACAGAUUGGUUUGAAAGUGUGGUUGGAUGUUAUGGUACCAGUGAUGGACAUGAGGAACUAUACCAGUUUUGUUGUCAACUAUCUUAAAGACAUCCUCACCCAUAGCCCACAAGGCAGGCCAGUGAACCAUGAGCAGUUUUUUGCUGUGCUUGAUGUUAUCCACUCACCAACAAGCAAUCUGCCCAAUGAUAUUCGACAGAAAUUGCUUUCUCUCAUUCCUUCCCUUAGGGUUCGGGCAAUAAAAGCAGACCCUGAGAAGAGAUUACGUAAUUUCUUUGAGCCACUUCUCCUGAGACUGGAGCCAUCUGCAUCAGGAACACUCAAAGAAGAGCUGUUGAUGUGUUUGGUGAUGUGUCUAAAUAGUGAUCAACAUUGUUACAGUACCUGGAGGCAGCUGUACACUAAACACCUCCCUCAGUCAGCAAUUUUACUUGCCCAUAUUGACAGUCACUGGGGUGCUAUUAAGGAACAUGUGGUGAAAAUGCUUAGUGAGACGCUUUCUACAUUCCAAGUAACCAAUGAAGAGCUGAGAAAGGACAAACAUAAAGAUGAACAACAUUUAACACUUUGCCAACAUUCCUGUGGGGAACUUCUGAAGAAGAUGACUGUAUCAAGAACAUUCCCAUGGAAACUUGGAAGUUUCCUGUUGCUGUUAGCAAUUGCUGGACUCCUUUCAUAUGACAUCAGGAAACAUGGAUCAUUCCAUUCAUCAAGUUCAGGUCGCUUUCUGAAUGACAUUGGUGCUCUCCAGUAUGGUGAACAUGCAUGGGCAAAAACAAAAUUUUAUUCAGAUAAAUCUUUCCGUUGGGCUGAAGCAAAUAUUCCACUUUAUUGCAAGAUAGCUGGUGACCAUGCCAGGCCAUAUCUGGAAUUGGCAUGGGAUGUUUGCUUGGUGGUAGGUCAUCAGUUACACACCAUGUACGAAAAUGUUCAUGCGUAUGUUGAGGAAAAGACUCCUGCAGUUAUCAAAUUUAUCAACCACUAUGCCCCAGGGUUAUUGGAUAAAGUGAAGGUACAUUCCAUUGAAGCCUGGGAAUUAGCCAAGCAGAGCGCUUUAAUCCUGAGGCAGUUUUUUCUUCGGUACUCAUACAUAGGACUAGAGUGGUUCAAAACUAAUGUCUUUGUUGGUAACUUGUCUCCAGAGAAUCUUCAGAAAUACUCGAUGGAAGCGCUGAACACCACACAGGUUUAUGCUGUAUGGACAUAUGAUUGGGUGUGUCAGAAAGUGCAGACAUUAUCAAAAGUUCAGUGAGUGAGUGAGGUGGGACUGUUUGAUUGUUAAAAAUUUAGUGGUCUUCAGUCUUAUUUCUGAAAUUUAAAACAGGUUGUAAGAAUAAAAUAUAUUUGGAUAGAUAUAGUUUUGAUUUUGUAUGUCUUUUGUUUGCAUGAUUUUAAAGUGAUAAAUUUGUUGGGAACAUGUAGGUUGUGCUGUAUGUUAGGAACUAAAACAAGGUGUAUGUAAUUAAAUAUUAUUGUAACUGUGCUGCAUACAGUUUUGUCAUUUAAGUGUAUCAUUUUAUGUACAUGUAAAAAAUAAUAAAUUAACUCAGAGUUACAUAAUUAUAUUGAA